AGGCUACAGUUGUUUCAAAAUCCGAACCAACACACAAGUAUGGCUGUUUAUGGUUAUGUAAUGGAUGAACAUAGAGCUUCUUCAUCAAGAAGGCGAAGAUCUUUGUACCACAAUCUAGGAGGAGGACGCCUUGCUGAUAUAAUGUUCUGGAAGAACAAGAAAGAAUCAGGAACAAUCUUAGCGGUAUUCACAUUGAUAUGGUUCUUGUUCGAAGUGGUUGAGUAUCCUUUCAUAACAUUCCUCUGCCAGAUCCUCUUGAUCUCCAUUUUCAUCUUCCUCAUUUGGUCUUACAUUGGCUCCUCACAACUAAUCCAGAGNGUGUCCUCACAUAAAGUCAGGGUCAAGCCUGGUCCUGGUCAGAAUUGA